AAAAAAUUAAGAUGUGAGAGAGUGUUGAUAACCUAACAACUAUUCACAGCGCUCUCUAUAUAUUGUUAUCUAGUUCUCACUCCAUUUUCUUCAAAUAACAACCACACAACAUGAAGAAACUUCCCUUCUUUCUUCUUGUCAUUUUGCUACUUGAAAUAACAAUUUCUGUUGAGUCCCAAACUCCAGCACUCUUGAAAUAUGUACUUCAAUGGCCACCUACUUUCUGUAUUCAACUUAAUUCCAAAGAAGAAAAAUUGUGCAAAGAACCAAUUCCUCAACGACAAUUCACACUCCAUGGUGUUAUGCAAGCAGAUGAAGAUGGAUUUAACAUAAAAUGUGACUAUAAAGAUCCAAAUGAUUUGGAUAAGCUGUUGGAAGAAGUCGAAGGUGAUCUAGUAAAGUUCUGGCCAUCGCUUAGAGAAGACUUUAAUGAAACUGAGUUAUGGAAGCACGAGUGGCGCGUCCAUGGAUCAUGUGGAGGAACAACACCUCACGAGUACUUCUACAAAGCAAUAAUGAUGAAUGAUUUUCCUGAACAAGGCAACUUGUAUAAUUACUUGGAAUCAAGUGAGAUUAUUGCAAGUGAUAACUUGGCUUAUACAAAACAACAUAUUGUUGAGGCUAUACAAAAGUUGUUUUAUGAUAAACCACAUAAUGUUUACAUCUCUUGUGUUCCAAUUGAUUUAUAUAACAAUACUCAUGUUUACUUGAGUGAGGUUACUUGGUGCACUGAACUUGAAGGUGUUCAUUACAUUUCAUGUCCAUCAAAAGCUGAUCCAACAAGUUGCCCUAAAGAUGCCCUAAUUAUGCUCCCUCUGCCAAAAGAGCAAGAGUUGGAUCCUCCGUUUGCUAUCAUGGCUGAAUAAAAUAUUCAACGGCUGAGAUAAAUGCUUGGCUUUGAAUUAUUAUAAUUAUUAAAAAAAAAGAGAGAGAAUGGAAGAUGUUGAAGCAGACGUGUUAAAUUAAUGCAUAAUUAUAUAUGCAGUUUUAUAUUGAAUAAAACUUUAUUCUAUUCUCCUUUUUUA